GGGAGCGGCGCCCGUGGCGACCCCGGCGAGCGUGCUCAACCCCCUCUCGCCGCGGCCGAGGCCGCCGCCGCCCGCUCCCCCUCCCUUCCGCCCCCGAGUGCGGCGGCGCCGCCUCCUUCCGCGCCGCGCGGCUUCCUCCGGACCUCUCGGCGCGGGUGCGCCCUGUUCCCAGAGGCAACUGCUGUUCAUCUUGGUAACCCAAAGGAAGAAAUAGCUGGCUGAGCUCAGCCUUGUGACUGGAAAAAGUGAGCAGGUUCCUGGAGAGAUGACUUUCUAAAAACCAAGUGGACCUGGGAGGGCUCUCUGCUUCCCAGCAGCUCCAGGAUGCCAGCAUGGAGGAAGACACUCAGCAGAAGGGUGUUGCAUGAGUGAGAGGGGUAGGAACUAGAAUAAGGAAGAUAAAGCCCAGAGAGAUUCCAUGACUUGUUGAGGGUCCCAUGAUGAAAAAUGGAACCUGUGGCAUGGAUCCCCUACACUUCCACCUGUCCAGGAGUGCCAGGUGGCCACCAUGUCCUUGAAGAUCCAGACAAGCAAUGUAACCAACAAGAACGAUCCCAAGUCCAUCAACUCUCGGGUCUUCAUUGGAAACCUCAACACAGCUAUGGUGAAUAAGUCAGAUGUGGAGACCAUCUUUUCCAAGUACGGCCGUGUGGCCGGCUGUUCUGUGCACAAGGGCUAUGCCUUUGUCCAGUAUGCCAACGAGCGCCAUGCCCGGGCAGCUGUGCUGGGAGAGAACGGGCGGGUGCUGGCUGGACAGACCCUGGAUAUCAACAUGGCUGGAGAGCCCAAGCCCAACAGACCCAAGGGGCUAAAGAGAGCAGCGUCUGCCAUUUACAGUGGCUACAACUUUGACUAUGAUUACUACCGGGACGACUUCUACGACAGGCUCUUCGACUACCGGGGCCGCCUAUCGCCAGUGCCAGUGCCCAGGGCAGUCCCGGUGAAGCGACCCCGGGUCACAGUCCCUUUGGUCCGGCGUGUCAAAACUACCAUACCUGUGAAGCUCUUUGCUCGCUCCACAGCCAUCACCACCAGCUCAGUCAAGAUCAAGUUAAAGAGCAGUGAGCUACAGACCAUCAAGACAGAGUUGACGCAGAUCAAGUCCACUAUCGAUGCCCUGCUGGGCCGCUUGGAGCAGAUUGCUGAGGAGCAAAAGGCCAACCCAGGUGGCAAGAAGAAGGGCGGCGGCAGCGGCGGUGGCAGUGGCAGUGGCAGUGGCGGCGGUGGCAGUAGUAGUGGCGGCGGCGCUAGUAGUGGCGGCGGCAGUAGUAGUGGCGGCGGCGGCGGUGGCUGUAGCCGGCCACCAGCCCCCCAGGAGGACAUGACUGCUGAGGCAGGCACGCCCCAAGGAGGAGCCCAGGCUCACAACGAUGGCGAUGAGGAGGGACUGCUGACACACAGUGAGGAGGAGCUGGAGCACAGCCAGGACACAGAUGCAGAGCAAGGGGCCUUGCAGUAAGCAGUCUGAUGGAACAAUGGCUACCAGCAGAAAUAGGGCAUCGCUGGCCCAGGCCUCACGCCAGGCACCCGUCCCUGGAUGCCAACCCCAGCGGGUACCAGAGGAGAGCUGGGCAGGCACCUCCUACCCACACACACCCCAGCCAGUGCCACAUCCUCUGCAGGUGGAGUUCCUGGCCUACCCCUUCCCUGUGCACCCUCCUAUCUGCACUGCCCAGGCCAGAGGGUGGAGCACAGAAGUUUCCCCCGUACUCUGGCCCCCCUCCCCAGGACACUCCUAGGCAUGGGGGUUUUCUAUAGGUUUGGAGGUGGGGGGAGCCACAGGGAGGGGACUCUGACAAUAAAGAGACUGGAUCCCAACCUA